CAGUCUCUCUUUCCUUAUCUGCUCCGCUCUUUUUCAAUUCUCUUCUUUCUUUUUUGGACUUUUUUUUUAAAUUUCCUUUUUAAAUAAGUAACAAGAAGUUGCAAUUGCAAUCAAUGGCAUCAAGUUCGUUUCGUUCUUCAUGGACUCCCCGCCAAAACAAGUUGUUUGAGAAGGCUUUGGCGACGUUUGACAAGGACACGCCGGACCGGUGGCAGAAUGUCGCCAGAGCUGUGGGUGGCGGCAAGUCCGCCGACGACGUCAAGCGCCACUAUGAGAUCCUUCUGGAGGAUCUCCGCCGUAUUGAGUCCGGCGACGUCCCUCUUCCGGCCUACAAGACCACCGCCGAUGAUGAGCAAAGGCUUCUGAGGUUUCUUAAGCUGCAAUAAGAUGAGGCCUGAUUAGAAGAUUAAUAAUAAGAUGAUGAUGAUGAUGGGGUUCGAUAUGGAUCUGUCAUCACCGUAGAUUUCAUCCGAUCUCAAAAUAAUCUGCUGUCUUCUGCGGUAGUCCGAUCCUUUUCAAUAUUAAUGUAUUAUUCACCACUUUAUGUUGUAAUAUAUAUUUGUUUCUUCCAUAUAUAUAUGGUCGUUUAUUGCAAUGUAUGUAUGUACUUAUAUAAUCCUUAAUCUAUUGUCGUUGUCCAUCUGUCCUUCGAUCCA